GUAGGCCGUCCUCGUGGCUGGCCGAGAAUUCGUGGACGUCGAAUUGCUUGAUGCCUCUUCUUCCUGGUAUUGAAUGGUGGACGAACUAAGAACAAGAAGCAUGCAACGGUGACCCAGUAUUGUAAAAGAUAUGCGCGGUGAUUGGUGCCAUUCUUAAUAUUUGACUGGAGGCAGACGUUGCUAUUACUUACGAAGCUCUUCCCUACGACUGAACAUUCUUCGAAGGCAAGAUGAUGCUGAUCAAGAGUUUCUUCCAAAGGAUCAUCAAGGACUUCCGGCACAAGGAGUUGCUACCUCUUAAAAUGAUAUUCUUCGUUCAAGCAUCGACGCUCUAUGUACUUUAUCCAUACCUGACAAUACACAUGAGGGAGCUCGGCAUUAACGUGGAGGAGACUGCCAUAAUGAGCGCCAUAACGCCAGUGGUGGCUAUGGUGAUGCCACCCUUGGCUGGAAUGUUCGCCGAUCGUGUGGGAAAUUUCAAGAUCCUGCUAUCCCUGUUCUCAUCGUUCGGCGGAGUCGCGUCGCUUUUAUUGCUGCUGGUGCCGAUAGGCAGGAUAACAGUGGAAUUUCCGGACAGAGUCGUUAUGGACCUUGGCUGUACAGGGAAUAACGGGUUGUUUUACACCAUGAGCCAGAAUCAUCCUUGCGAGACGAGCUUGCAGUCCAAGAUCUCCACGAGGAUAGAGAGUUGCGGAAUUGAUAUUUCUUUGAUGGGUGCAACUGUUGUUAUGUUAAAACUUUUAAACUGGAGUCUUAAUUUCUUGGAAAUUUGUCAAGAAAUAGUCAACGUCAGUCAACCGAGAAAUCACUCGUACAAGUCGAAGCUGAAAAUUCUGAAAGCUACGGAGGAGGACCGCGAGACGAAACGACAAAGGUACCUGUCGGAAGAGAUAGCCUGGACAGGAAAGGAAUUUCAGAAGAUCACCUGCGGAAAUCCUGAUCUGGAAACCGAAAGGAUAGCCCUCACCUUGCCGCUUUUUAAUUACACCUUGAGUUCACAGCCGUACAAGACCCUGAACGCGGAAGACUGCAGCAAGAGGUGCAUCGUCACUGCACCUCGCAGGGAGAUGUGCUCGAACACGAAGACAGUGAUCGAAUACAACGUUAGCCUGACUUUCUGGCUCUACUUUGUCAUCAGGGUGUUUAUUAGUGUCAUUGGUGGAACCACGUUUGCUAUGUUCGAGGGCGCAGUAAUAGCGAUAUUACGCGAACAAAAGGCCGAUUAUGGUCUUCAAAGGAUUUAUGGCAGUAUAGGUGGUAUGAUAUCCUCGCCACUGUCUGGACUUCUUAUCGAUUAUGCGAGUGCUGGCAAAGGUUACACGGAUUUCAGACCUGCGUUUUGUCUAUACGCGGCUCUAAAGUUGAUGUCAGGAUUGCUGAUGCUCGCCAUUAAUUUGGAAUUCAAAUCACCGGCCACGAAUGUGAUCAGCGACGUCUUCACCGUGCUGAGGAAUAUCGAGGCUGCGGCGCUCUUCAUCGCUUGCUUUAUUCUGGGAACUGCUUGGGGAUACAUCGAAUCGUUCCUCUUUUGGUUGAUACAAGAUUUAGGAGGAUCAAGAUCACUCAUGGGUAUCACCAUAACCGUAGGCGGUAUUGCCGGUAUACCAUUACUGGUACUAUCUGGCCCAAUCAUAUCAAAGAUCGGCCAUGCCAAUGUACUUUUCAUAGGCUUUGUUUUUUACGCCAUAAGACUGUGCGGUUACUCUUUGAUAUACAACCCUUGGCAUACUCUCAUCUUCGAAGCCUUGGAAUCUGUCACUUUAUCACUCAGCUUCACUGCUGCUGUCACUUACGCAGCCAAACUGUCUACCACCACCACUGACAGCUCGAUACAGGGAUUACUAGGCGGAGUUUACUAUGGAGUUGGCAAGGGUGCAGGAAGCUUGAUUGGUGGAUACCUGAUGAAAGCCUUUGGCACACGACCAACCUACCGAAUCUUCGCUGUGAUAACUCUGAUCACCGGCGUGAUGUACUACAUCUUCAAUGUAGCCUAUUUGAAGAAACAGCCGCAAGUAGAAGGCAACGACAUCGUGAAAAAGAAGCCCAAAAAAGUCGAGAACCAAAACGGUCUAGAGAGUGGGAUCAUAGAGAUUGGGUUGGAAGAGAAGAAGCAAUCGCAGAACGAGGAGAAAAAGAACGAGCCUAACAAUUUAGCAGGGAUCGACAAUCAGGCCUUCAUCAAGGAGCAGGAGACGGGGAAUGAACGGACGAAAGACAUCGAGGCUAUCAACAACGCGAAGAAUCUCGAUAAGAUAGAGAAAGUUCCGUUCGAGGACAGUGGCAAGAAGAAGUUCGGAGCGAAGAGGCUGAAGAAGAUACAAACCGAUGAGCGUGACAGGGCGAAAGAGUGCUCGAAACAGAACGGCACGACGAACCCAGGCUUCGAGAGCGACCGGUUCAGGUGUAACGUCACUGUUGAGAGGCAGCCCGAAGACAAGAAGUGACGAAGUUCCUCCCAGAGAUCUCGAUACUCUUUCCUUUCUUCGUUAUUUGCCACGAAACCACUUUUAUACUGUUGAAGAGGUACUGUGCAAAACUCACGAGCUGGUACACGGAAUGGAGCAAGGAUGAGAAGGUCCUAGCAUCGUCCUAGGUCCCCAUCUUUGGGUACCUGGUAUGCUGGCGUAGUAGUGGGCUAGGUUAUGUUGUCAUGAUUUUUAUCUUAUUACUCGUUGACAGUCUGAUUACGCCUACUAUCAUAGAGCUCAGAAGUUGACAUUAUGGAAGAGGCCUACUCUGUUUCAAGCUCCUAUUCCUGAGUGCUAGCUAACAUUGUCAUGGUGUUUGUAUUGCAUCGCUGGUUUACAGUCUCAUUGCGUAGGAGUUGCUCAGGAGUUGGCAUUUGAGAUGACACAGAUGCAAGAGAUGCCUAGUUUUGGGUUGUUGGUGUCACGUGCUAAUAUAAGAGUAGGCUAAACUACAUGAAAUGAUUGUAUGACUGCUAUGCAGAGUUCAGAAGUUGAUAUUUGAGAUGACACAGAGGCAGAAAGUCUCUAGUUUUGGGUUGUUGGUGUCAUAUGCUGAUAUAAUAGUAGGCAUGGCAGUCUGAUCAUAUGGCUGCUAUACAGAGUUCAGAAGUUGAUAUUUGAGAUAACACAGGUCUGUUCUGUUCUUGAACCCUAGAUUUAGGUUCUUAGUAACAUAUUCUAUUAUAGUAGAAAGCUAUAUGGUACUAUGUAGAUCACUGCGAUUGGUAUUUGGGAUGAUACAGUAGCAAUAGAACCAAACUUGAGUAUUCUGUUUUUAGCACCUAUUGUUAUGUCCUUGGUAGUAUGUACUGAUGUAAUGGCAAGCUAGUAAGCUUAUGUCUAAUGAUUAAUAUUCUAA